AUGUUAGAGCGCAUGAUCUCACGGCCUGAGGCUCAUCAUCAUAGGCACGAUAUGCCUUAUUCCUGUUGUUUCAUGAAAGAGGUCGCAACUGGUAUGGCCACUACUCUAACCGAGUCUUGUAGACCCAUCUGUCGUAAGCCUGCUCGCAUGCGUUGCUCACAUCAUCCGAAACAAAAAAGGAGAUCGAAGCAAGUGCCCAUUUCAUCUUGCGUUGAGGAUGUGAAACAUAUGAAACAUGCAACAAUCAUCCAAAUAUCAGCAGUACAAAAGAGAUGUAUGAGCACAGAUUUACGACAAGGAAAUAAGUGUACUAUUGUAGACAUCACAGUUUCUAUUAUAGUGUUGUGUGCAAUGUGGAUUUCUUCGUAUUUAUGGGUGUUAAGGAUGGAUCUUGCAAGAUCGUCUAGUUAUAUGGCAAUCGGAAUAUCCAACGUAGUUAUCAUCACAACGCUUGCCUAUAUUCCUUAUAUGCUGACUCAAAUUGACUCAGUACUAGAUACGAUGAAGGUCCAUAAUGACGAGUUUCAAAGAAUAGAGACGAUGUUAAAGAUGGAAUUCAGAGAGUUACGAGAUACACCUGGUGGCCCUCGAAAACGUCGUCACACAUCAGGGAAUUGCGCUUGUGACUCGGCAAAUAAUUGUCCCCCUGGAGCUAAAGGAAUGCCAGGAAGAAGCGGUCUAGAUGGCGAAACAGGAUCGCCCGGUAAACCAGGUGAAACUGGGGGAGUGGGAGUUGCUGGUGAUUACGUGAAGCCACAAGCAACUGGUUGUAGACAAUGUCCACCGGGACCCGCUGGUCAGCCUGGUUACAUGGGAUCUCCUGGAGAGCCUGGAUCAGCGGGCGAUGGAGGUGCUCCAGGAAUGUCUGGUCGCCCGGGAGGACCUGGUAUGGCUGGAAUGCCAGGAGAGAAUGGUCCAGAAGGUCCUGCUGGUAACAUGGGAGAGGCUGGUCCAGCAGGUAGCGAUGGUGUCAGAGGAGAAAAGGGUCCUGUCGGUGAAAAAGGUCCUGCUGGGGAGAUCGGAAUGAAAGGAGCACCUGGAUUUUCUGGUAGAGACGGAAGUAGUGGUUCUAUGGGGCCUCCUGGGCCUCCAGGUGAAGAUGGAGCACCAGGAAGUCCAGGAUUUCCUGGUGGAAUGGGAUCACCUGCAAUCGAGGGAGGACCAGGAGAAGAUGCGAGCUAUUGCAAAUGUCCUGCUCGGCGAUCUCUCAAGACACAACGGACCCGGAAAGUCAAGGCUUGA